GAGCGGAAGAGCGGAAGAGCGGAAGAGCAGAAGACGAGAAAGAUGGUGAAAGUCUCUACAUACUUCGGCAUGUCAUUUGGUGCCUUUAUUUUCUGGCAGUCCAUGGACAAAGUCCACGUUUGGAUUGCUCUCCAUCAGGACGAGAAGAAAGAGAGAAUGGAAAGGGAAAUGGAGGUCAAGAGGGUCAGAGAAGAGCUACUGCGACAAGGCAAGCAAAACAAUUCUCCGGCAUAAGUCUCUCAUUAUUAAUAGUGGCCCUGCCUGUGAACUUCAUAUUUUUGUAAUGCUCUGCUACUGUUAUCUUAAUAUUUUAAUAACAGAUUCCACAUAAAACACUGUAAACAUUUCAAAGUGGAUGGUUUAUUCUCAGUGGAAAGUACCUUGUUCUCUUCUCUUAA